AUGUCGUUGUGUCUGGAACGCUGUAUAACUGGUUAUUUCCAGCUUUUUGGCCUGGUUUGCGGCUGGAGCGGCACUCGUUUGGGCCGCCUUUUGGGCAGUACCUUCCUGGUGAUAAUACUAAUUGAACUGGCCAAUGAAAUAGUGAAUUAUUUAAAGGGUGCUCUUCCGAAUGGCGAGCCCCUCUCCUCGUACUUUGUGAAAACCAUCCAGUCCGUAAAUGUGGCCUACAAAAUGGUUCAUACAUGGAUUGUCCUAACGGCCCUGUUUGAGUGUCAGCGGGUUCGACGUCUGCUGGAGCAACUGCCUCUGGUCAGGGACACUUCCUUUAUAUACAGACAUUUUAUACUGGAGCUAGUGGUUUUAGGGUGUGGCCUGACACUAAUCUUAAUUGAGUACAAUGUGGGUGGCCUGUAUCUGGAGAGUCUGAAAUAUGCCUUUAGCCUUCAGGCAGUUCGGGCUCGCUAUCUGCAAAUGAUGCUAAUGGUCCACCGUUUGGAUGGCCAGCUGGAGCAACUGCAUCGCCGAGUGGUAACCAGGGCAACAGAUUACAAAACCCUCAGAUACGAAUAUGCCCAUCUGGCAAAAUUGUCGCGUUCCCUGUCGCGUCUCUAUGGCCUCUCGUUGCUCCAACUGAAUAUCCUUUGCCUGGGUGACUGCAUAAUCAUGUGUAAUGUGUACUUCAUGGUGGAAUAUCUGAAGGCAUUGCCUGCCACCUGGUUUGUCUUCGCCCAGACCAUGUACGUAGUGCUGCCCACUCUAGUCAAGAUUUCGACCAUGUGCGCUGCGUGCCAACGAUGUGUUGCAAAGUCCAAACACUUGCAGGAGCAACUCAACGAUCGACCAGGACAGACAACUUCGGAUAGAAGUCAAAUCGAGGGAUUCGCCCUUCAAAUCAUGCAGGAUCCCAUACAGUUCGAUGUCUGUGGAAUCUAUCACCUCAAUCUGCAGACUUUAGCAGGGAUGUUCUUCUUCAUUCUGGAGGCCCUGGUUAUAUUCCUGCAAUUCGUGUCCCUCGUACGGCCGUAGGCCAUGUUCUAAUAAAUCAUGGGGGCUGGGGUGAUAUAUCGGGUCAGAGGUCAGCGGUGGG